AUGGCUAGAAAUAGCAAUUUGAGGUCCAAUAGAGGUUCUAGAACCUCUCAAUUGGUAUCAAAGCAAAUUAUGCUGGAAUCUGAAGCUGCUGCUGAUGACGCCAUGGCCGAUCCUAAGGAAGCGGCUCAGGAAGAAGCAACUACAGAGGAGAGGCUGGUUAAAGUGGAGGAAGCUAUUGUUCAGCAAGGUUUCUUUACUCGCCAGCUAUCUGCCAGAGUGGAGGAGUUAUCUUCUCAACUUACUACUCAAUUAACCUCUCAGUUCCAGAAUCUUGUCCAAGAACUCAAGCAAUCAAAGGAGCAAUCAAAGGAGCCGGGUCAAGAAAUUCCAAGAUCAGGAGCUAGAGAUGAGCGGAGAAUGUCAGGCUUAGAUCCAAGGAAUGAUACAAGUUUUUUGGGUCCAGGCUCCAGAGGAAUGAACAGACAAGAUCCAGAACAGACAACAAGAGCUUUCCAACCAACUAGAGGGGUGGAUUCCAAUGGAGAAAGGCAACCAGUCUACAAUCUUGGUAAUGUUCCUCACAAGAAUUCUUUCUUCAGUAAUCAAAAGUUGGUUCAACCCAAAUCACUCCGUUUAGAUUUUCCCUCUUUUUCUGGAAAUGAAAAUGUCAUAGCUUGGUUAGAGCAAGUUGAACAAAUAUUUGAGUAUUAUGACAUUAAGGGUGAUGAAUGGGUUAAGGUCUGUUCUUUCUACUUGAGAGAAGAAGCAUUGCAAUGGUAUAGAUGGUUGGCUAGGAAUCUUGAAGAAUUCUUUCAAUGGGAAAUUUUUAAAGAAGAAAUUAUUACCAGAUUUGGGCCAAGUGAACUGUCAAGACCCUAUGAUGCUUUCUCAACCCUGAAACAGACUAAUACAGUAAGGGAUUAUCUGGGAAGGUUUGAGCAAACUUUGAGCUUACUAGACGAUCAACCUUCUAGGAGACAUAUCUUGGAAAAAUUCAUAGGGGGACUUAAAGAAGAAUUGAGAUAUGAAGUCACAGCCUCCAGACCCUCUUCAUUAAAAGAAGCAAUAUCCUUAGCCAAACUGUUUGAGGAUAGACUCAAAAAUGAAAGAAAAUCUAGGGGAAAUUGGAAUACUUCAAAUACAGGAAUGUUGCCAACUAAUUCAUCACCUUAUCCUUCUGUGAGAGAAAACCCCAAACCUCCUUCUCAAUUCAAGAAACUAACUCCUGAAGAUAUACAACGAAGAAGAAGCCAGAACUUAUGUUUUACCUGUGAUGAAAAAUGGUUUAGAGGUCAUCAGUGCAAGGGGAAGCAAAUGUUUCUUUUAGAAGGCAUUUUAAAAGGGGAUUCAGAGGAGAAUGAAGUUGAGAAUGGUGAAGAAGGAGAGGAGGACAUAACCAUAGAACUGGCUGAGAGUUUAGUGAAGGGAGCACCUUCUAUUUCAGUACAAGCCCUCAGUGGUGUGAAUGCCUCCCAUACUAUCAGGGUUGUGGGCUACUACAAGAAUCAGGCUGUGAGUAUCCUAAUAGAUUCUGGAUCAACCCACAAUUUUAUAAAUUCUAAGCUGUUGGGGCUAGUAGUAACUGAAUCUAACAGUUUUGAUGUCCUAGUUGCUAGUGGAGAAUUGAUUAAAGGUGGUGGAGUUUGCCAAGCAGUAUCCCUAGAAUGUCAAGGGGUAAGAAUUCAGGUUGAUUUGCUAGUAAUGCCCGUGGGGGGUAGCCAGAUUGUGUUAGGGGCUGAUUGGAUGAAGACCCUUGAAGAUAUUACAUUGAAUUUUAAGAAGCUGCAGGUCACAUUUUUUAGUGAUGGAGCUAAAAGAACUCUACAAGGGGUACUUCCAGAAGAAUUGCAGUUGGUUGAUAGCAAGGCUAUUUCUAAGACAUUCAGAGAACAGAAACAGGAGUUACCCCAUCUUCCCCCAAGUAGAAGUAUUGAUCACAAGAUUCCACUGGAAGGUGGAACCAAGCCCAUUUGCAUCAGACCAUACAGACACGCACAUUUCCUGAAAGAUGAAAUUGAAAAACAAGUGGAAGAAAUGCUUAAGAAGGGAAUUAUCAGACCUAGUAAUAGCCCUUUUUCUUCACCUGUAGUCAUGGUUAAAAAAUCUGAUGGGAAUUGGAGAAUGUGCAUUGAUUAUAGAUCUUUGAACCAGUCCACAAUCAAAGAUAAAUUCCCUAUCCCUGUUAUAGAUGAGCUAUUAGAUGAGCUACAUGGCACAAAAUAUUUUACUAAACUGGACCUAAAAUCUGGUUAUCAUCAAAUAAGGAUGUAUGAACCAGAUAUUCCCAAAACAGCCUUUAGAACACACAGUGGCCACUAUGAAUUUUUGGUAAUGCCCUUUGGGCUCACUAAUGCUCCUUCAACCUUUCAAUCCCUGAUGAAUACCAUUUUUAAAGACUUCCUCAGGAAGUUUAUUUUGGUUUUCUUUGACGACAUAUUGGUUUACAGUAAAGGGUGGCAUGAUCAUUUGUCUCAUCUAAGGCAGGUAUUCCAGAUAAUGAGGAAUUAUAAACUAGUGGCCAAAAUGUCUAAAUGCAGCUUUGGACAGACACAAGUGAAAUAUUUGGGUCAUAUUGUGUCUCAGGAUGGGGUUGGUUUGGAUCCAAGGAAAAUUGAAGCUAUUGUGGACUGGCCAAGACCCAAAACACUGAAAGGAUUGAGAGGGUUCCUGGGAUUAGCAGGGUACUACAGAAAAUUCAUCAAGAAUUUUGGAUUUAUAGCUCAGUCCUUGACACAGUUGUUGAAGAAAGGAGCCUUUGGUUGGGGGGAAAAUGCUGAGAAAGCCUUUGAGGCUUCCCUUGACACAGUUGUUGAAGAAAGGAGCCUUUGGUUGGGGGGAAAAUGCUGA